AUGCUCGGGCUGACUCCGGCACUUGGUGCGCUUCUACUUGCUCUCCUCCAAAAUGAGGCCACAGCAAUACCAACAUGGCCAGCCUCUACUGAUGAGCUAGAAGAUCUGCUGUACGUUAAUUCCGGCUAUCGAGCACGUGGCUUUGCGGCGCCUGUCAUUCCAUGUUCAAAAGGCUCGGGUGCAGAUCGUAAUUCGGCUGCCGAAUGGAUACGAACAGCUUUUCACGACAUGGCUUCGGCAAGUAUAUCAUCAGGAUCGGGGGGAGUGGAUGCAUCGAUUCUCUACGAACUUGCCAGUUUAGAGCACGCAGGGGCUGCCUUCCGAAACACUCUUGAGCGAUACGCCCCAUACUUCUCGAGUCGCACAUCGCUCGCAGAUCUCAUUGCUGCAGGCGUCUACAGUGCUACAAGAUCAUGUGGUGGACCAGCAGUGCCUGUACGUGGCGGUCGUAAAGAUGCCACAGCAGCAGGGCCGUCCGCACAGGUACCUGAUGCUGCCAACGCGAUUGGUAUCUUCAGAAAUCAGUUCAACCGCAUGGGCUUUGCGGGUGUCAACAACACGGAAAUGAUUCAACUAGUUGCAUGUGGUCAUACGCUUGGGGGUGUGCAUGCAGCAGAACAACCCAACAUCAUCGACGCCGGACAAUUUCCUAACGAUUACGCUACCUUUGACACCUCGGUUGCUUCUUUCGACGGCAAGAACGUCGUAGAGUUUGUGUCUGGAAACACAAAGAAUCCUAUGGUAGUCGGGAAAGCAUACAGAGCGGACAACAGGGGAAGGGACUCGGACCGUAGGAUUUACAACUCCGAUGGCAAUAUCACGGUUAAGGCUAUGCAAGACCCCCAGAAGUUCAACAGCAUGUGCAAGACCAUUUUCCAGAAGAUGAUCGACACUGUACCAAAAGACGUGUCUCUUACUGAAGCGAUCACGCCUUACGAUGUGAAGCCGUACGACGUCCAGUUGACCCUACUGGACGGUGGUACUUCACUGGGGUUUACUGGCGAAGUACGAGUGAAGACCAACUCACGCUCUGUCACCAGAGUCCAGCUCAUCUACAAGGAUCGAACUGGCGCUGCAUCCUCAAUCCCAGUCGACACUUCUCUCAAAGGGACAUCGUCUGGAUUCGAUGAUGACUUCUCAUUCUACAGCUUCUCGACAAGUCUCUCAGCUGAGACGUCAAUAUCGUCCUUCAACGUUGUAGUGUCUUCAGCCGACGGUACGCAGGAGAUAUUCACCAACAACGACGACGGGUAUGCUGUCAACGACAACGUCAUCUUUCAGAAUCCCCAAAGCUGUGCAGAUAGCUCAGGAAAACUGACAAUCGUCGCGGCUGUUCGCGACAGCAGCACACCUAGCGUACAGAUCGUUGCAAAAGUGCCUCGUGCGAGUCCCACGCCCGUUCCCAGUCUUUCCACGGCUACUGUUGCUAUGGCAUAUCAGUCAGCUGUUGGGCGCUACAAGCUAUACUCUACAGACGGUUCUGCUUCUUCAGAUAAUGUAGUGAUGCUCGGUAUAUUCGCUGGGAGUGCGUCCGACAACUACAAGGACAUCAACAGUCUACCUACAGCGUGCAAGCCUCUCUCCACUGCGACGCCAACACCAACCCCAACUCCAUCAGCCGCCCCACUCGACUUCCAGGGAUGCUACACCGAGCCGACCGGUAGCCGUGCGCUAAUUCCAGCUGAGCUGAAGGAUGAUGAGAUGACUGUCGAGAAGUGUGCUGCUUUUUGCAAUCCUUACAAGUUCUUCGGGCUCGAAUACGGCAGGGAAUGUUACUGUGGCAACGUGCAGAACGCAAAUAGUAUAUCCACAACCGCUUCGGACUGCAACAUGCCCUGUAACGGCGACUCAACCCAGACGUGUGGUGCUGGUCAGCGAUUGAGCUUGUAUAAAACCGUAGGUUGGUCACCACCGAUUAACCCGGCAGUUGAUGGAUAUGACUACUUUGGAUGCUAUAGUGAGACAGCACCGAACCGUGCCCUGUCAGACUCAAGUGUACAUAGCGAUAGCAUGACUGUUGAUAUGUGUGCCGCUUCAUGUCAGGGGUCUGCUUUCUUCGGUCUUGAAUUUGGUCGCGAGUGCCACUGCGGUUCCAAGAUCAACGAGGGAAGUACUCCUGAGCCCGAAGGUGACUGUUCCCUACUUUGUCCUGGCAAUACCAAGACGUUAUGUGGUUCAAGUCAGCGGCUCAACGUUUACAAGAACAAGAUUCCACCCACCGCAUCUUCAACCAUUGCAACGCCUACACCAACGCCCACGUCUAGUAAGCCAACUAUCUCCGGCUACACAUAUACAGGCUGCAUCGUCGAUACCCUUAAUCCACGACCUCUCAGCGCAGACAUGACUUCUUCAUCGAGCAACAGCUACGCAUACUGCGCCAACUAUUGUACCGGAUUCCCGUACUUCGGCGUCGAAUACAGUAACGAGUGCUACUGCUCAUGGGUCCUUCCUGUGGUGACUGAAUCCACUCCAGACACAGACUGCAACAUGCUGUGCGCAGGCACCUCAACUCAAUACUGCGGCGGCCCCAACCGCGUCACAGUCUUCAAAUCCAAUGCCAACAUUGCCGUCCCCGCCAACCCCACUAUCCUUGGCUACGGCUACAAGGGCUGCUAUACUGACGACGUAAACGCGCGUGUUCUCACCUCCUCUGUGCUUCGCGACGACGGAAUGACUGUCGAACGCUGCGCCAGUGCGUGCGCUGGCAGUUACUACUUUGGCACACAGCACGGGGAUGAGUGUUACUGCGGCGAGAGCUUUGUGGGCGAUACAAAGGUUGUGGACCAGGGUGAGUGCUCGAUGAAGUGCAAAGGGGAUGGAAAACAGUUCUGUGGUGCAAACGCUAGAUUGAGUCUUUAUGAGAGUAUGGAACAUGUCAAUGGGACGGCGAGUGGCGAGGUUGAGAUGGAUGUUAAUUAUCGAUUGAUGCAGUGA